GCUGCUCAUCUGCACUCCAGGAGCAUCAAGCCUUGAACACUGCACUGGGAGGCUGUGAGGUUUGCAGACCCUGCAUCAUGAAUACUCUGUCUGAAGCAAAUGGCAACUUUGCCAUCCACCUUUUAAAGAUGCUCUGUGAAAGCAACCCUUCAAAAAAUGUUUGUUAUUCUCCUGUGAGCAUCUCCUCUGCUCUGGCUAUGGUCCUCUUGGGGGCAAAGGGAGACACUGCAGUCCAGAUGUCUCAGGCACUUGGCUUAAACACAGAUAAAGACAUUCAUCAAGCCUUCCAAAGACUGCUCAGUAACUUGAACAAGCCCAACAGAAAAUACUUGCUUAGAAUGGCCAACAGGCUCUUUGCAGAGAGCACUUGUGAAUUCCUCCCAACCUUUAAGGAGUCCUGUCUUCAGUUCUACCACUCAGAGCUGGAGCAGCUGUCCUUUGUCAAAGCAGCAGAGGAGUCCCGGAAACACAUCAACACGUGGGUCUCCGAACAGACUGAAGGGAAAAUUCCAGAGUUGCUGUUGGGUGGCUCAGUUGAUUCUGCGACCAGGCUGGUUCUUGUCAACGCCUUAUAUUUCAAAGGAAAGUGGCAACAAGAGUUUGACAAAGAACGCACAAGGGAAAUGCCCUUUAAAAUAAACCAGAGGGAGACAAGACCAGUGCAGAUGAUGUAUCAGAAAGACGUAUUUAAACUUGCCUACGUGAAAGAAGUUGAGGCAAAGAUGCUGGUGAUGCCCUAUGAUGGCAUGGAGUUGAGCUUGAUAGUCCUGCUCCCAGUUGAUGGUGUGGACCUCAGCAAGGUGGAAAACAAUCUCACUUUUGAGAAGUUAAUGUCUUGGACCAAACCAGACUUUAUGAGGAGCACUAGAGCUGAGGUUUUACUUCCAAAAUUUAAACUGCAAGAGGAUUAUGACAUGAAGUCUGUGUUUCAGCACUUGGGAAUGGUGGAUGUCUUCCAAGAGGGCAAGGCCGAUUUAUCAGGAAUGUCUCUGGAGAGAAACUUGUGUGUGUCUGAGUGUGUUCACAAGAGUGUUGUGGAGGUCAAUGAAGAAGGCACCGAGGCUGCAGCCUCCACCAUGGUAAAUAUAUGCUGUUACUCAUCUGGUGGUGACCCAAGGUUUUGUGCUGACCACCCCUUCCUUUUCUUUAUCAGGCACAAUGAAACCAAUACCCUCCUGUUCUGUGGCAGGUUCUCUUCUCCAUAAAGACACAUUUACUAUGUGGGAAACAGUUGUCUAUUCAAUCUAUUCUAUCUUGACAGCUCUUACAACCCUGUGAGAAUGGACAUAUAAGUUGAACCCGUGUUCCAAGAUGAGGGCACUUUCCCCCUUUCAACCUGAUCUUAUGAUGCCCAUAUUCCUCUUCCCUAUCCUAAUAUUCAUCAGUGCCCUUUGCCAGGUCACAGGAUCUCAGAGUGGUUGUGUUUCUGGUUGUGUAAACAACAAUGGAGGCAAACAAUUCCCUCAAGAGAGCCUACAAAGUUCUUUAAGGUGACCCUAAAUAAAUGCCCCCUCACUGCACAGACAAUCCAUGCCAGCUCUAUAUACUGUUUUUCUUGGCUGCUCAACUCUCGUUAUCACUUGACUUAACCUGUUUGCAUCAUAGUAAAUGCUUUUGUGGAUGAUGACAGCCACUGCAGUUUACUAGUGAUUGGUCCUUAAUGUCCAGUUUAACUUUAUUUUGCUUUACUGUCCACCACUCACCAGGUAUGUGCCCAUCACUGUGUUAGGCUUUGGGACAUGUGCAGGCAGUGUGGUCUUCUAACAGCUGGUCUUUAUUAUCUGUUUUCAAUUUAUCUAGCUGUCAUGGCAGCUAGCUUAGACUAUCACAUGUUCUCCUUGCAGAAGUCACGUUUCUGUAGACUACUGUGUUUUCCAUGACUAACUGUUAUAGUUAAAUUCUAUGAAGCUUUUAAACACCAUUUCAAAACAAAUUUAUUUUUCUCACCAAUCAUGUGUAUACUUUGAACUUUAAUUGGACCACUUAUGGUGGUUAUUUUAUCUGUUAACUUUCUGCAUCUUGGAUAAUCCCCCAACUAGACCCCAUGGUCACCAAGGGCUAGGGUUAUAUAUAUCUUACUAUGCUAUAUAACCUAUCCUGGGCCACCUAUAGUAGAUAAGGAAGCAUUAUGUUCACUGUUAGAAAAUUGUGGUGAGUCACACAAGUUGGCAUGCUCUUCACGGUGAAGUUUCACAUACAGUAUAAUUUUAUAGAAACCUAGAUGUCUUUAUUCAAUAAAACCAAUGUGAGUAAUAGCUUCAACAUUUUUUUAAAUGCAUACAUACUAAAUAGAAAGUCUUCUACCUUAAGUUUUUGUUUUUUCUUGUAUCAAGCAAAGUUCUCUGGAAAAAAAUCUAUCAAAAUACUAGACAUGUUGGAUUGUGAUUAUGUAGAGAUGAGAUGAAAUGUUGCAGAAUAAAAACAACAGGACACUUUU